CGUUUAGGAGAACCAGAAGUUAAUUAUCUUCUCUUCGUCGCAAGUCGCAACUCCCUCACGUUGCUGCUUCUCUUCACUUUGAGUCCACAUCGUUGCAACCCAAGAACUGUGAUCCUUUAUGCCGUAUUACCACUGCUUCCAUCAGACAUUCGUCCCACUCUAUUGUAAGAGUUUCUAAUGUCGCCUCAAGCCUAACAGGAACAAACCCAUGUUUCUUUGGUCUAUCUCGUCCUCAUAUACUGUUCCUCGUAAUAAGCUCAACACCAGUGAUGUCCUUCGUACACUUUGUGAGAUCAGGAGGAGAAAGACACCAAUCUCAAGUUUCCGAACUUGUUCUGCUGCUAUCUCUGUUUCUCUCUCAGACGAUGAGUCAUUCCAAGAAAGGGGAAUUGAUCCUGUGGAGAGCCGUGGAAUCAGGCCAAAUCAUCAAACUUUCACAUGGCUUCUAGAGGGAUGUUUGAAGAAAAACGGGUCUUUAGCUGAAGGGAGAAAGCUACAUUCCCAGAUUUUGAAGCUGGGUUUUGUUAACGACGCUUGUCUUUCUGAAAAGCUUCUUGAUUUUUACCUAUUCAAAGGAGACUUAGCUGGUGCUUUCAAGGUGUUUGAUGAAAUGCCUGAGAGAACGGUUUUUACAUGGAACAAGAUGAUAAAGGAGUUAGCGUCUAGAAAUUUGAUUGGGAAAGUGUUGAGUCUCGUUUCGAGAAUGGUAAAUGAAAACAUUACUCCGGAUGAAGCCACCUUCACGUGUUUAUUGGAAGCUUGUCGUUGUGGUAGUGUUGGAUUUGAUGUAGUUGAGCAGAUUCAUGCAAGGAUGAUACAUCAGGGUUUGGGGAAUAGUACAGUUGUGUGUAAUCCUUUGAUUGAUUUGUACUCAAGAAACGGGUUUGUGGAUUUAGCUAGAAAGGUUUUUGAUGGGUUAGACAUGAAGGAUCACAGUUCUUGGGUUGCAAUGAUAUCUGGGCUGUCGAAAAACGAAUGUGAAGUGGACGCCGUUAGAUUGUUCUGCGAUAUGUAUGUUUCAGGUAUCAUCCCAACACCUUACGCGUUGUCAAGUGUUUUAAGCGCGUGUAAGAAGAUAGAGUCUCUUGAGACCGGCGAGCAAAUUCAUGGGCUCGUAUUGAAGUUGGGGUUUGCCUCUGACACUUAUGUUUGCAAUGCACUUGUCUCCUUAUACUUUCAUCUGGGAAGUUUGAUAUCUGCAGAACACAUCUUCAGCAACAUGCAACUUAGAGAUGCGAUUACUUAUAACACCCUUAUCAACGGGCUUUCUCAGUGCAGUUACAGUGAGAGAGCUAUGGAACUGUUCAAGAGAAUGCAGCUUGAUGGACUUAAACCAGACUGUAAUACUCUUGCAAGCCUUGUGGUUGGAUGUUCAGCUGAUGGAACUCUUCUCAGGGGACAACAGAUACACGCAUACACAACUAAACAUGGUUUUGCUUCAAACAGCAAGAUCGAAGGUGCGCUUCUUAAUCUGUAUGCAAAAUGCUCCGAUAUUGAAACCGCCCUUGAUUAUUUUCUUGAGACCGAGGUUGAAAACGUAGUUCUGUGGAAUGUUAUGCUUGUUGCUUAUGGGCUGUUAGACGAUUUAAGAAACUCUUUUAGGAUUUUCAGACAGAUGCAGAUGGAGGAAAUUGUUCCGAAUCAGUAUACUUACCCGAGUAUUUUGAAAACUUGCAUCCGUCUAGGGGAUCUUGACCUCGGGGAACAAAUCCAUUGUCAGAUAGUGAAAACUAGCUUUCAGCUCAAUGCCUAUGUUUGUAGUGUGCUCAUAGAUAUGUACUCAAAAUUAGGAAAGUUAGAUACUGCCAGGGACAUUCUUGUAAGGUUUGCUGGGAAAGAUGUUGUGUCUUGGACGACAAUGAUUGCAGGGUACACGCAAUACAGUUUCAACGACAAGGCUUUAACAACUUUCAGGCAGAUGUUGGAUCUAGGGAUCCGGUCUGAUGAAGUUGGAUUCACAAAUGCAAUUAGUGCAUGUGCUGGUCUUCAGUCGCUAAAGGAAGGACAGCAAAUUCAUGCUCAAUCUUGUGUAUCUGGUUUCUCAUAUGACUUGCCACUUCAAAAUGCACUGGUUACACUUUAUUCUAGAUGUGGAAAAACAGAGGAAGCAUAUCUAGCGUUUGAACAAACCGAAGCUGGAGAUAAUAUAGCGUGGAAUGCUCUGGUUUCGGGGUUUCAGCAGCGCGGAAACAAUGAGGAAGCGCUUCGUGUCUUUGCUCGAAUGAACAGAGAAGGGAUUGAAAGUAAUAAUUUCACGUUUGGGUCUGCUGUAAAAGCUGCUUCCGAGACAGCAAACAUGAAACAAGGGAAGCAGGUCCAUGCCGUGAUCACCAAAACCGGAUAUGAUUCAGAAACCGAAGUUGGUAAUGCUUUAAUCUCUAUGUAUGCCAAGUGUGGAAGCAUUUCUGAUGCAAAGAAACGGUUUCUUGAACUCUCCAUGAAAAAUGAAGUUUCUUGGAACGCGAUAAUUAAUGCUUAUUCUAAACAUGGGUUUGGCUCUGAAGCGCUAGAUCUUUUCGACCAGAUGAUACAUUCUAAUGUAAGGCCUAAUCAUGUAACACUUGUGGGAGUUCUAUCAGCAUGUAGCCACAUAGGUCUUGUGGGAAAGGGGAUUGAAUACUUUGAGUCCAUGAACACAAAAUAUGGAUUAGCUCCUAAACCGGAACACUAUGUCUGUGUAGUGGAUAUGCUAACCCGAGCUGGUCUUUUGACCCGUGCGAAAGAGUUUAUUCAGGAGAUGCCUAUUGAGCCUGAUGCUUUAGUCUGGAGGACGCUUUUGAGUGCUUGUGUGGUGCACAAGAACUUGGAAAUAGGAGAGUUUGCUGCGCAUCAUCUCGUGGAGUUAGAGCCUGAAGACUCGGCGACAUAUGUACUUCUUUCGAAUCUGUAUGCCGUGUGCAGGAAAUGGGAUGCUAGAGAUCAAACAAGACAAAAGAUGAAAGAAAAGGGUGUGAAGAAAGAGCCUGGACAAAGCUGGAUUGAAGUUAAAAACUCAAUCCACUCUUUCUAUGUUGGUGACCAGAAUCACCCUUUGACAGAUGAAAUACAUGAAUGCUUCCAAGAUCUUACCAAACGAGCUUGUGAGAUUGGUUAUGUGCAAAACUGUGUCAGCCUAUUGAAUGAAGCGCAGCAAGAGCAGAAAGAUCCGGCGAUUUUCAUCCACAGCGAGAAGCUAGCGAUUUCGUUUGGACUGCUUAGCUUGCCUGCAGGAAUGCCUAUAAAUGUAAUGAAGAACUUGAGAGUUUGCAACGAUUGCCAUGAUUGGAUCAAGUUUGUAUCCAAGGUAUCGAAUCGAGAGAUCAUAGUGAGGGAUGCGUAUAGGUUUCAUCAUUUUGAAAGAGGUGCUUGUUCUUGUAAAGAUUACUGGUAAGAACCAAAGAGUUUAGAAGAAGACUAAAAUUCUUUGUAAAGCCUCUCUUUGUUCAUGCUUCCAUUGCUUAGUGAAUCUUACUAUCAUUCGAGGCCCAUAUCUUUAUAGUUUCUAUGGCUUUAGAAUGAUGAAUUGUAGAUUGUGCAAAAGUGUCCUAAAUGUUUUUGUAAAGCCU